AUGCGGGAACUGGAUCCCUUGAUUUCUGAAUAUCGCCAUGAAAAGAAGCGGCCGCGGGAGGAUGAGGCACUGUUGAUCCUGCGCAAAGUUGCGUCCUUGGUCAAGCCGAUCAUGCGACAGCGCGCUUGGAGAGUGGGUGCCUUAUGCGAGUUCUAUCCGCAGCAACGUAAUCUGCUGGGGCUGAAUGUGAAUUCGGGACAGAAGAUUUGCCUGAGAUUACGGUAUCCUUCUGACCAGCGACAGUUUCUGCCUAUAGAAGAUGUCGUGGACACGAUGUUACAUGAGCUGUGUCAUAAUGUCAUCGGCCCUCACAACCAGCAGUUUCAUGCGUUGUGGAAUCAACUGCGCGACGAGCAUGAGGAGCUAGCCCGAAAAGGCUACACCGGAGAGGGCUUCUUAUCUCAAGGCAAGCGCCUUGGUGGGCAAAGAAUGCCAGUCGAUGAAGCUCGACGUCAAGCGCGUGCUGCGGCAGAGCAACGAAGGACUCUGACCAAGAACUCCGGCCAAAAGCUCGGUGGGACGCGCCAUCUUCGCGGAACCGAUAUCCGUAAGCUUCGUGCCGACGCUGCCCAGAGGCGUCUUGAAGUUACCCAAGGUUGCGCUUCUGGCACGAAUGACAGCGACAAACUUGCGGAAGAGGCUUCGCGGAAUGGGUUCAGAACCCAGGCCGAAGAGGACGAUGCAAAUGAACGGGCUAUCAUGGAAGCAUUCAUUGAGUUGAUUCAGGCAGAAGAGCGCGAAAAGUACGAUUCUUCAUAUGUCCCACCGAGCCAGGAGCAUCCAGCAGGCCCGAGAACAGAAUCAUCACCACCCCCCGGACCCUCAAAUGCUCCACCGGCCAAACCCAAAGCGCUGCCUUCACACCCAAAGGCAAUGAAGGCGGCCAAGCCAUCUGAUGCGCCGAAGCCUGUCGAUUUGACAGCCGAUAACAGCUCAUACGAUAGACCUUGGAUCUGCCCAACGUGCACCCUGGAAAACCAGUCUACCUUCCUUUGCUGUGAUGCCUGUGCAGGAGAACGACCUCCUCCAACGAAUACGAAGCCUACACCAGCUCCUACAUCUAAAAGCACUCCCACUCAACGUAAGACUUCCGAUUCUCUCAACCCAAAGAAACGGCCCUUGCCCAUCGAUCAAAAGGAGAAUGAACCAAACGCCAAGAAUGCGUUUGCUUUCAAGAACCGUACCCGGCCGUUGGAUAGCAUCAAAGCGUUGGAUCAGGGAGCUGAAAAGAAGCCCCUCGGAUGGCUGUGCAUAUCUUGUGGUAGCUUCAUGGAGAGCCAAUGGUGGACUUGCUCUUGUUGUGGCACAAUGAAGCCUUCCUCAUGA